AUGGUUCGGAAAACCCGUUCUCAGCAAUAUCAGGCUGAUGAUGAUUUCCCCGCUACCCAACAAUCCGUCAAUGAUCUGCAACAACAGGUCGCAAAUCUCAUCGCCGUUGUAGCUGCGUUGGCAACUCAACAUGCCGCACCAGCUAUUCCCCGCCGCCAUAACGACCAGAUUUUUAACCGUGAAGAUUUUGACAAUGAGGCCAUUCCUUUUACGCCGCUACGCCAACAAAACCCUAGACGCCGCAACAACAACAAUUCCGGGUCAGAUUCAGAUUCUGAUAACGAACCACACAACUCUACAUGGAAAUCGAGUUUUAAACUCGAAAUUCCGGAGUUCAAGGGUUCAACCGUCGCCGAAGAGCUCCUUGAUUGGUUUGUAACCGUAGAAGAAAUUCGCGAAUUCAAACAAAUUCCAUUAGAUCAAUGUGUUCCCCUUGUUGCAAUCCGUUUCCGUGAUCGAGCAGCAGCAUGGUGGUCGCAGAGCAAGACAACUCGAGCUCGCCAUGGGAAAACAAAAAUCUCAACUUGGGAUAAACUCAAGCGUGAGAUGAAAUUUUUUUUUUGGCCUUAUAACUAUGAUCAACUACUGUUUCAGAAAUUUCAGAACCUACGACAAGGAACAAGAACAGUUGAUGAAUACACAAUGGACUUCUUCAAGAUGAUUAACCGAGUGGAGUUACGUGAUACCGAACAACAGUUGGUUACAAGAUUCAUUGGAGGGCUUCACCAGCAAAUUCAAUUCACAUUAAAUCUGUUUCGUCCUCAAUCGAUCUCAGAAGCUCAUCAACAAGCCUUAACAGUCGAAGCUCAAUCUCGUAAUGAAUUCCCAGCUUGGAGCUCCAACAGACAGACCCGCUCCACAACAACAACCCCAACAAGCACAACAACUCCUACCAACACAAACGUCUCCAAGACUGAGACAGCUAUCGUCGCUGCAGAUUCACUUAAACACAACCGUCCUGCUAGGUUUAGGUGUUUCACUUGUGGAGAGAUUGGUCAUCGCCAAUCAGCAUUCCCCAACAGAGCUCGCCGUGGUAUCCUCGUCGAUGAACACAAUAUGGAGGACACGGAUCCAAUUUAUGAUGAUGACGAUAAUGAAAUUCAAGAAAUCGUCGCGGAUACGGGUUUGUCUUUGAUGCUCCAUCGUUUGUGCUUGGCCCAACAUGGUACGCCUCGAGAUCCUCAACACAACAACUUGUUUCAUUCCAAGUGUACCAUUAAUGGGAAGGUCUGCAACUUCAUCAUAGACUCGGGAAGUUCCGAGAAUGUGAUCUCUUCCAAUGUAGUUAAAAAACUUUCUCUACCCGAUGAACCCCACCCGCACCCAUAUAAGCUAGCAUGGCUGCAACAAGACAAUGACUUUCUAGUGACACGGCGCACACUGGUCUCUUUCUCGAUAGGUGACUCUUAUCAUGAUAAAACUUAUUGUGAUAUCGUUCCAAUGGAUGCAUGUCAUCUUCUCUUAGGACGUCCUUGGGAAUAUGAUCGCUGUGUACUUCAUGAUGGCUUCCUCAACACUUAUAGCUUCCAAUUCAUCAAUAAGAAGUUUGUCUUAAAGCCAUCACCACCUUCAAUACCUUCAGCUACACAAACACCAACCCUCUUCCUCCAACGUGCCCUGUUCGAAUCAUUGAUGCGAGAUAGAGGAGUGGUUCUGUUUCUUGUACUAUCACCAUUAUCAAAAACUAUACCAUCUAUUUCCCCUCAACUUCAUGAUCUCCUCUCUGAGUUCAGUGAUGUCUUCCCCGACGACCUCCCAUCUGGAUUACCACCGUUACGAGAUAUACAUCACCGCAUAGACUUGGUCCCCGAUGCUGCCUUGCCUAAUCUUUCCCACUACCGUAUGAGUCCAUCUGAGCAUGAGGAGCUUCGAAGUCAAGUUGAAGCACUCCUUUCAAAAGGAUUCUUACGUGAGAGCCUCAGCCCUUGUGCUGUCCCCGCCUUACUCAUUCCAAAAAAAUACGGGUCAUGGAGAAUGUGUAUUGAUAGUAGAGCCAUUAACAAGAUCACAGUGCGAUAUCGCUUUCCGAUUCCUCGUCUAGAUGAUUUACUCGACCAGAUUGGUACCGCUUCUUUGUUUUUCAAACUCGAUUUGCGCAGUGGAUAUCACCAAAUUCAGAUUCAACCGGGAGAUGAGUGGAAGACAGCUUUUAAAACGCGGGAAGGCCUUUUUGAGUGGAUGGUUAUGCCCUUCGGGUUGUCUAAUGCACCUAAUACUUUCAUGUGUGUCAUGAAUCAGGCAUUGCACCCAUUCAUUGGCAAAUUUGUGGUCGUUUACUUCGACGAUAUUCUAAUUUUUAGCUCCUCGUUCGACGAACACAUCCAGCACCUGCGCGCCGUCCUGUCCGUUCUCUGUCGUGAUCGAUUUUUCGCCACUAGGAAAAAGUGUGCUUUCGGCGUCAAAGAGGUCCACUUCUUGGGAUAUAUUGUCUCCGAUCAGGGGCUUUCUGUAGAUCCUAGCAAGGUCAUAGCAAUUAGGACGUGGCCUCAACCAACAACAAUCACAGAGACACGAAGCUUUCACGGUCUCGCUUCUUUUUAUCGCAGAAUUGUUCCACAAUUCAGCAGCCUCAUGUCGCCCAUUACCGACUGCAUUCGCGAAGGAAAAUUUAUGUGGACCUCUCAGACUGAUCAUGCGUUUCAAGUCAUCAAAGAUAAGUUAUGCAGCACUCCGAUUCUUGCUCUCCUGAACUUUAAUGCAGCCUUCGAGUUACACAAAGAUGCAUCAAAAACCGGUAUCGGUGCGGUUAUAAGCCAGCAGAACCGCCCCAUCGCCUUUUUAGUGAGAAACUCUCCAAUGCGCGCCUGCGCUACAGCACAUAUGACGUCGAGUUUUAUGCGUACUCAAGGAAAGGUCUCAGCACGACACGCUUCUUGGAUUAGCUACCUACAGCAGUUCACGUUCGUCAUAAAACAUACGUCCGGAUCUUCAAAUCGAGUGGCUGAUGCUCUCAGCCGCAGACACGCAUUGCUUACAACGAUGCACACUGCCGUUACAGGUUUCAGUACCUUUGCAGAUCUUUAUGCGUCUGGUUCUUUCUUUGGGAAAUUCUUCUCGGUUGCACUUACUGGCCUUCCAUCUCCAUAUACUUUGUGUGAUGGUUUCUUGUUCCGAGAUAGUCGGUUGUGUAUCCCCGACUGUAGCCUGCGCCUCAAGUUGAUUUCAGAAAUUCAUGGUGAAGGUCAUAUAGGCCGAGAUCGUACGCUUCACUUGGUCUCCACGUCUUAUUUCUGGCCUUCAUUGCGAAAGGAUGUUGAGAGAUUUGUGGAACGUUGCGUCACGUGCCAGAGGUCUAAAUGA